AUGGCCGCGAUCCAUGAGUCGUCGGCAACACAGCGUGGAGCUUGGGGCGGUUCAGUGCCCGGACGUCGCCGUAUCCAGCGGAAUCGCCUAGAAGGGCACCAAAGGUUGUUCAAUGACUACUUCGCCGAUCCCCCUGUGUACCCCGAUUACAUAUUCCGGCGCAGGUUCAGGAUGAAACGUGGCCCGUACCUCAGAAUCGUGGAGGCAGUUGAGGACCGUGACCCGUGGUUCCUACAGAGGAGGAACGCGACAGGGGAGCUCGGACUGUCCGCGUUGCAAAAAGUCACUGCGGCGUUUCGUAUGCUAGCAUACGAUGCUCCUGCGGAUUCGCUGGAUGAGUGCCUCCGACUCGGAGAGUCCACCAUCAUUGAGAGCAUGAUGCGGUUUGUUCGGGCCGUCGUCGAGGUGUUUGGCGAUGAGUACCUCCGUUCUCCGAACGAGGAGGACACCGCUCGUUUGAUUGCUACAAACGAGCGAAGAGGGUUCCCGGGGAUGCUGGGAAGCAUCGAUUGUAUGCAUUGGAGGUGGAAGAACUGUCCGACAGCCUGGUCGGGUUCUUUCACCGGCCACGUCAACUCUCCGACGAUCAUACUAGAGGCAGUGGCAUCGCAGGACCUGUGGAUUUGGCAUGCCUUCUUUGGAAUGCCGGGUUCCCUGAACGACAUCAACGUUCUGCACCGCUCGCAUCUGCUCGACAACCUUGCCGCUGGUGUGGCACCACAGGUUUGGUAUUACAGCAAGCACUCGAAUUUUAUGCAGAAGGCCCAGAAGAGGCGCGACGAGCUGCAAUGA